UAAUGACCCCUCCAUUGUCAUGCAGGGGAGCCGGGGCUGAGCAGCCGCCGCUUCCCAGCCGGGAGAGAAACAACGCUCCUUUGUGCCCAGCCGGGGGGACUUUUUCCGGGGGCUGGAACCAGCCCCGGGCUGUGCCGACACCAGCCCCUGAGCCGGAGCCUGCAGAACUACAUCUGGUCCGUUCCAGACUGCACUACCCUCCCGGGGCAUGGGGCAGGGACAUGGCUGGAGCAGAGCUGGCUCAGGAGCCGGUGACCUUCGAGGAGGUGGCUGUGUAUUUUACCAAGGAGCAGUGGGCUCUGCUGGUCCCAGGUCAGAGAGCCCUCUACAGGGACGUCAUGCAGGAGAAUUAUGAGGCUGUGGCCUCACUGGGGUUUCCCGUUCCCAAACCCCUCGUGAUUUACCAACUGGAAGAAGGGGAGGAGCCGUGGAUCCCUGAUCCCCAGGGCUCUGAGGACAGGAAGGUCCCAAGACGUAGCCACAGAGCUGCCGAGGGGAUGGUAAAGGAGGAGGAAGAGAGGCCGCAGCAGGAUGCCCCUGAGCAGCUGCAGGUGCAGAGCCCUGGUCAGGGAGCAGCCUGUGUAACUGAGGGCAGUUCAAGAAGGCAGCAGAGAAACUCGCCCUCAGAGUCGGAGUGUGAGCAAGGCACUGGGCUGCACCCCACCCAGGGCCCAUCCCCUCCCUGUGGUGGAGCUGUGGAGAGUCAGGGCCAGGCCAGGGAGCGGCCCAACAUGUGCAGCGAGUGCGGGAAAGGCUUCCGGCGCGGCUCAGACCUCACUAAGCACCGCCGGUCCCACGGCGAGCGUCCCCACCAGUGCCCCGAGUGCGGGAAAGGCUUCCCCGUCCGCUCAGCCCUGGCCACCCACCAGCGCAUCCACACGGGGGAGCGCCCCUACGCCUGUGAUGCCUGUGGGAAGCGCUUUGGACAGAGCUCCCACCUCAUGCAGCACCUGCGCUCCCACACAGGGGAGAAGCCCCACCGGUGCCCCGAGUGUGGAAAGAGCUUCCGGGAGGGCUCCACGCUGGCCCGGCACCGCCGCACCCACCGCCAGGAGAAGCCCCACACCUGCCCCCACUGCGGGAAGGGUUUCCACGAGCGGUCCAACUUUGCCCGGCACCAGCGCACCCACGCUGGGGAGCUACUUCCUGCCCCAGAGGAGGAGGGGAAGUCCUUCAUCUGCCCCGACUGCGGGAAGGGUUUUGGCCGCAACGCCUACCUGACCCUGCACCGGCGCGUGCACACAGGAGAGAGGCCCUAUGCCUGCGCCGACUGCGGGAAGAGCUUCAGCGCCAGCUCCAACCUGACCCGGCACCAACGCGUCCACACGGCCAUAUUGCCGUGACUGUCUCCCACCCAUCCGAAGCUGUCCAGCUGCAUGACUGCCAGUACACACAGAACAGCCUGUUCAUAUUACGGACUGUCAGGACUAUGUCCUCAACGGUAAUUUCCCCAUACUGUCUUUCUGCAGUUUGAAAAUGUCACUCGCAAGGGACAAAAAAGGAUGAAUUAUGGGAUGCCAGAAGAGGAAUCCUAGAAGUUUGUUAGUUUGACCCCAAGUCCCAGUUGGUUGUGGUAAGCAUCCCACAAUGCAUCAUGAAAAAGAUCCCACAAUGCAGAGAGCCCAGUGGUGGAACAUUGUGUCCCAGGGUAUCUGCUCAGGAUGCUCCACAGUUAUUUUGACCAAAGUGCAGAGCAACAAUUCAGAAGGGAAGCAGCUAAAAGUGGCAUAAACAAAGAAGAGUGGAUGCAUUCUUUCACAAUAGUUAUACUGAUACAGUUAGAGCAGAAAAACAUAUAGCAGAAAAAUCUGGCCUAACUUUCAAUGAGUCUAUCAGCCUCAAAUUCAAAUGUAAACCUGUGGCUUCAAUUUCACUGUGUUCUUCAUUUCACCCAUCUUUACAACUACUUCAUACAAACAGAUGAUUAACUUUACAAUGGAAUCUUUUAAUAAACACUCCCCCCCCCACCCCCAACUCAGUCAAUGAGGUAUUUUUGGAGUACAGAGAAUUAUCUUCUAUGUUUUUUCACUGUCUUGACUCUGAAGUGAACUUUGAUAUUUUUUGUGUUUUAAGUGCCUGUAUAAAAAAAAAAAGGAGAGAGAAAGAAACAGCAUGAUAAUUACACUGGAACAACAGUGCAUUUAAUGGACAUAGAUUCUAAAUGUACAAGGGAGAAUCAGUCUUGGGGUCAGCCCCUUUGGUCUGACCUAGUAUGGCCGUUCUCAUGGAAUAGGAACAAGUAAAUGGGUCAUGGAGUUCACCUACUCAUUACAGGGGCUGUGUAGUGUAUACAUGUAUUGAAAAGAAAAACUGGAGACUCAUGACAGUGUAUGUAUGUAUGUAACUCUACUGGCAGAUAUCAGUAACUCAGUCAUCUAACUAAACCUUCUAGAUCUGUGAAUUCAUAGUAACUACAGGGGAAUAAAAAGCACAGUCCAAGUGUAAUUUCAACUGCUAGAUUGUACAGUAUAAAUUAAACCCUUAAAGAGACUCCCCUGGAGGCCCCAUUUCACCCCACAAAGAUCAAUUUUCACACUCUUGUCCUCUCCAGAUAAAGGACUCUGAGCAUUUGAGAAACUGGGAUCUACCUCAUUCCUCCUUGUUCAAAGCAAGAAAAAUCACAAUUAAACCAUUGCCUUGAUUCAGCGCCCAGAGCCCAGGAUAGGUGUUUUGAAACUGAUAUCAGUAACUCCAACAUUGCUCCUGUAUGUAUCAAUUCGAUUAAAUAAAACACCGGAAAGAAUAAACCAGAAGUUACAAGAUAAAGAUUGUUCUAGGUUUCUAGUACCAAACUUAAAUGUAGGAGCUGAAGAGACACUCAGAGCUUCCUUGAGAAAUGAGAAUCAAAUCCCAUCACAACGUCUCAGUCUCUUGCUCUACAGGACUCCCUUCCAGGAAGGUGAUUUUAUUCUCUGCUUUAAUAACUGUUACAUGUCCUUGUUACCUGGCCACUCUAGCCUGGCCUGACACUCAGCUUCAUGGGAAUCGGCAAAGGUGUUAUCCACAUGGCCCAUCCCUUGCCAGGACCCCUCUAGGGUUUGCAUCCUGUGUGGAUUCUCUGAUAUGUAUUAAAGCAGGGAUUGGCAACCUUUCAGAAGUGGUGUGCCGAGUCUUCAUUUAUUCACUCUAAUUUAAGGUUGUGUG